GUAGGACUUCACAUAAAAGCCUUUUUUUAAUGUUUUGCCAUGUUUAAAGGUAUGGCUGCUGUUGCAGUUAAAGAAAGUUGUGCAGAUUCUGUCCCUACUCCCACCAUUGUGUUAGACCCUGGGUACAUCAAUGUAGCUAUGCCUGUCAUAGUACGCUGUGAGUCAACAAGAGGCACAAAGUGCCACUUCUACAAAGACAACAACCCCAACACAAUAAGAGAAGUGAAUUCCGGUGUUUGCCAAUUCAUAUUGUUCUGGAAUGAGUUCAAAAAGUGGAACAAGACUGAAGUAGAUCUCAGCUGUGCUAUUCUACAGAAGAGAGAAGGGAAAAUGAUAUCUUCAGAACGAAGUGACACUCGAAGACUUCAUGUGAGUGAUUCCAUUGGAAUACCCAGGAUUUUUGUGGAAAAUACAGGAACUUACUUAAGUCUUCGGUGUGAGGCCAAGCAUGCUGGUACCUCAUGCUACUAUUACUUGAACAACAGUGAGUCCCCCUUUAAAAGUCAGCCCUACAAAGACAAUGUCUGUGUUGGGAAAGUGUUGGAAAAGGAUCUGCUGAGGAAGAGGAGCAGUGCUGGAGAGAUCUUCAUCACCUGUGCUGUGGAGCUGGUGCUAGAGGGUGAAGAUACUGUGACAUCACAGCAUAGUGAACCGUUCAAGAUUGCCAUAGAUGUUGUAGACUCUCCUGGGCCCACCACUUCCUUCACAACAUUCAGUACCAACAAAACCAGUGUAACUAAUGGAGAAGAGUCCUCCUCAGAGUUCCCCCUCUACAUCAGUCUGAGUGUUGGGGCCUUCAGCCUUAUUCUGCUGGUUGUAUCUGUCCUGUGUUUUCUCCGGUACAAGCGAGGUGAUCAACAAGACUGGUCUGCCAAUAGAUCCCAAUGGAACCAGAACAAAGAAGUUAUCUAUGCAAAUGCUUCAUUAUUUCAACAAGGCGGUCUGAAUGUGGGGGAUGUGACCAUGCUGCGUUGUACUAGUUCAAGUGUAAGUGGUAACAGUUCACCUGUUGAUGAACUUCCUCCCCAUCCUUUCUCUGCUUCCUGAUUUACAUAUCUGCCACUCUCUGCUCUUCAUGUAGUCUGACACCCUCUGUUCCUCUCAGAUGAAUGGUGUAAUAUCUUACUGGCCAAGAAAUAGAUGUGCAUAGGUUUUAAGACAUGAUCUAUUUGAAGUUUCACAUUGUUUGUAUAUAAGGGUAAAUAUCCGUGUUCUUUUAUUGCCUUGUCUUUUUUUAACGCUUUUGUUAUUUUAUUACUCUUUUUUAUCAACUUUGUAUAUUGAUAGUUUUGCUACUCUACAUUUAUUCUGCACUUUUGAGGAAGAGCUGAAAGUAAGCAUUUCACUGUGCCAUUCCACCUUCUGUACUCUGUGCAUGUGACAAAUAAACAUUGAUUUAAUGUGUAGAUUGUGUAGAUUAGUUUUAACAUACUGGCAUACAAUUUUCCUAU